CCAACUAAUAUCCAUGUGUAGCCAAAUGUUACAAAGCUUACCAAUAAGGGAACUCUCUUAUCUUUGCCAUAUCUGACUUGUUUGAUGGAGUUGGAACCAGUGACCUCAUACAAACUAUAUAUUAUUAGUAGAGCAAGUACGGCAGGUGGCCUUGACCAAUAAUACAAAGUGGGGUACUCAUGCCACUUAGCAGAAAAUGAAGGAAAAAAAAUAUAUACGAAUCCCUUCUUGACACCUUUGCAUGUGAGUGUAUAUCCAUACUCAUGCUUAUAAAUACCCAUUGCAUUCAGUUUAACUAUGCACAUUCAAAUUUCAAGCUCAAGCUUCUUUCAAGUAAUCUCUUCCUUCUAUCUACCUGAAAACAAGAUCGAUCGAGAAUGAUGAAGGCAGGUGAACUUGAGAUUGGUGAGGCCAAGAGCUCCACCCCGAUAAGUGGGGUGAAUAGAGGGAUAUCCAUACUGGACUUCAUCUUGAGGAUACUUGCAUUCGUUGGGACCCUGGCGAGUGCCAUUGCAAUGGGAACAACUAAUGAAACACUUCCUUUCUUCACCCAGUUUACUCGGUUCAGGGCUGAGUAUGAUGAUCUUCCGACCUUCACGUUUUUUGUGGUUGCCAAUGCUGGUGUAAGCGCGUAUCUGGUUCUCUCUCUUCCUCUUUCUAUCUUCCAUAUUGUGAGGAGCAGUGCACAAAAGAGUAGAAACAUUUUGAUCUUCUUCGACACGGCAAUGCUGGCUCUUUUGACGGCUGGAGCUUCUGCAGCUGCAGCUAUCGUAUACUUGGCACACAAGGGGAAUACCAAGGCAAAUUGGUUUGCCAUCUGUCAGCAAUUUAACUCGUUCUGCGAGCGCACCUCUGGCUCUCUGAUUGGAUCCUUUGUAGGAGCUUUUGCUCUCAUACUGCUAAUCUUCUUGUCUGCUGUGGCCCUUUCUCGACGUUGAUACUGCCAUUAUACAUCACAGCUAUGCAUUUAUAAUCAUUGAGUGUGUUUGUAUCUGUUGGUUUGUGUUUGCAAAAGCGAGUAAUUAUGACUUGUGUGGCCAUUUUAUUUGUAAGCUUUUCGCUAUCUUCAAAAUCGACUUUCAGUGGUGUAA